UUAGUCCGUAUAUUUUUGAUACAAUAAUAUUAUAUUUAUUUCUAAUGAUUAUUUACUAACUGGUGAAAUUGCAAAUGGAUCGAGAUAGUGAAAUGCUCUUCACUAAUAAAGACGAAUUAGUGAAUACAGCAUCAAUUCACUAUUACUGGGAUCUCGUUAUCAAUAAAUAUGCAAUCCUGUUUUUCCAAUAUAUUAUAAGUAUUAUUUACACAAUGUAUACUCGGCUAACCCUUUUCAAUACGGCAAUUUUCUUCUUCAAAUUCGCUCCAACAGGAAUCUUUAUGCAUAAGUAUAUAAAACAAAUUAACAGAAAAUCACAAGAAAGAUCAAGACAGCAACAAAACGAAAUUGAAGACAUUCAACUUCAGAUACAAAUAGUCAACACAAAGAUAAGUAUUCAAGAGACUGAAUACGCAGAGAGAAUAGAAGAGUUAAAUAAAAGUACCACCCGACUUCGAAAAGGGCGUGCCCAAGUGCGCAGCCUCAUUCAGUCCGAUGAUGAGAUACGACACACUAUCAACACUGGUAACAUCAUGGAGUACGAGUCAGAGAUUACGGCACAGUGUUCGGCAGUAGAUUGUGAAUCGCUAUUAAAGUUGCUCAAAGGAUUAGAGAGCGAUCAGAUUGUAGGUUGUGAGAAGGUAAAAUCCGGCGAGAGCUUGGACGACCUAGCCACUCAAGAGAACAGCAUAUACUCCACAAUAAGUGAUUCGGAAAGCACGCAAGACUGUAACAUCAAGAUUGUAAAAGUGACCAACGUGUAUAAGGUCGCAUAUCUUAAACAUUACAUUAAACAGACUCGACUACGAAGGGCUAAUAGAAUAGCAAUCCUAAAGAAAAAGAUUGACAACGUAAAAAAGCUUCUAGAGGACUGGCAAACAACCUUAAACAUGGUAAUAAACAGCAAGUUGACGCUACUAAGUAUGAACCAGCAAUGUUUUAUGACACCUCAGGAGGCAAUGGGCGACGGUUCUCAAGCGAAUUAUAGAGACUUUUCAGACUCUGAUAGUGAUUUCCGAAAUAGUAAUAAUAAUGAUAAUGGGCCUGACGAGUAUAGUUUGAGUUGGGCACACAAUGCCUAUUUACAUCAACGAAGCAUGUGUCGUUGUGAUUAUGAUGAUUAUGAAACAGCAGUAUCCAGGGAAUCUUUCGAGCAAGAAGAUUCGAAUGAAAAAUAUCAACAGAUAAAGACAGAUUGUAAACUAUCCGGCCCUGGUUAUUUAGUGGCACUUCCUGAGGAAACGCUGAGUCAAAUGGCGAUAGAGGAAAUAAGAAGCGAGGCGAGCGAAGAUGGGGAUUGUCGCGAUCUUGUUGCCAUGUAGGAUUUUUAGUUUAAAUAAACAUUACGAU